GUGAGACUGGAGUUCACCGAACCCACAGGCCUGCCCGCCAGUGACACCCACCUCCACCUGGCGGCCGCGAAGGGCUCCCUCUGUGCCAUCCAUGCUGUCGACAAGAGCGUCUUCCUCCUGAAGCCAGAAGCCGAACUCUCCCCUCAAACGGUUUAUAACUUGCUCCCUGUGAAGAACCUCAAGGGGUAUUAUUACCAGGGAUGGAAUGUGGAAGACCCGGAUGUCUUACACUGUGUGCCCUACAAAAAGAUAGUUGUGGAUGGCAUUACUUAUCCUCCUGACCCUUAUUCUCCUGCAACAGGCGACUCCUAUAAAGUUCUUCAGGACUUUGGCUUGAAAGUAUUUACCAGCACCAAAAUGCACAAGCCGGAGAGUUGCUCAGACGGCAGAGUAGAGCACUUCGAGCCUUACAUGUCUCAUAGACUAGCAGUGCCAGAGGCUGCGAUGUCUCGAAUGUAUGGUGGUAACAUGUUAGAAGAUUAUGUGUCAGAACCAGAACCACAACUGGAGACGGUUAGAAGCCUCUUCCCCGAGACGUGGAUUUGGAAUCUCGCGGUGGUGAACGGCGAGGAAGAGCCAGCCAGCGAGCAACAGUCCGGCCCAGCCAAAUUCGCUCAGGGCGACGUCUCCGUGCCCGUCACCAUCCCGGACUCCAUCACCGAGUGGAGGGCGGGAGCCUUCUGCCUCUCCACCCGCGCCGGCUUUGGCCUGGCGAAGACCGCCACCCUGCAGGCCUUGCAGCCUUUCUUCCUCGACCUCACCAUGCCCUACUCGGUGGUGCGGGGGGAAGAGUUCACCCUGAAGGGCACCGUCUUCACCUACUUGCCGCACUGCAUCCAGGUUCGGGGGCCCCCAACAUCCUUCGCGACUCCCCUCGGCCUCCUCAGGCCCCUCCGGCCCGAUCUCUCUCUCUUUGCCUCCUGGGUUGGCGUCUUCGAACCCUCUUGGGGGUCGCAGGCUUCCCAGCCCAGGGCGGAUCGUUUCCCAUCUGCACCCUUCCCUUCUGGUCAGGCGGGGAGUUUGGUUCCUCCAAAGCUGAAAUGAAACCCAAGCCAGAAUCCUAUUAUGGAUGGAGACUUAGGGAACGAAAACAGCAUCGAGUCUGGUCAGCAAAUGGCU